AUGCGUUUCAAUUUUCGUACUCUCCUGGUCACCACAACACUCUUUUUUGCAGUUUUAAUCGACGGUAGGUCUUCUGAAUAUAUUUAUUUUUGGAACGAUCAGAUCGGUUUCAGUGUCCCACAGUACGAUAGUUCAAAAAUCGAAACUGGUGCGAGUGAUCAGAGGUAAACAACAUUUCAAUACCAUUCCGGCGCCAAUUCUGUCGUUUUCAGAGAGUGUGCCAGAGAGAACGAGACUGCCGGACGGCACGAAGUUCGAGAAAUAUGUGGAGAAGGGAGAGGACCUGCCGCCGCUUCCGAUCGGAGAGGUAAGACGAUACUGGCAAAUUCUCGAAACGAACGCAUUCUUUCAGGAAGAAGCGGAAGAUCUAAACGAUCCGAGAAUUGGACAUUUGGACAAGGACGGAAGCAUCAUGGUGCCAGUGGAUGAGCACGGAAAAGUCCUUCCGGGAUACGAAUACCUUCUGAAGCCCAUUUAUCUGACUGUCAAUGUAGAAGAGAAAGAUGAGGACGGAGAUCUGAAAAGUGAGAAAACCGGCAAGGUUUCAUGAAUGAGUCGAUUCUUUCAGUUAAACCGGUCUCUUUGGACAUACAACAGCCGGCGUCCGCUGUAGAUGUCAACUACAACCCAUAUCCAAAUGAAAUCCAGACUAAGUCGGAACUUCUUCCGGGAACGGAAACUGCUGGAGAUGAGUACGACGACGUGCAGAAUGAACCGAAAGGUACUGUAGCUUUCGAGAAUCUUGCAGAAAAGAAGGGAUUCAUUGCAGAACCUUUGCCCAAAGUGCCAUCUCUGCCAUCCGCAGAUUACACAGAUUCCGGCGAAUCGGAAGAAGAUGUCAGGCCAGACGACGAUCGAGAAGAUCUCGACGGAAGAAUCGGAAGUGUUGGGGGUGAGUCAGAAGGAAAUGGGUUAAAAGAAAAAAAAACAUGUAUUAAAUAG